UAGACCGUACUGUCAUAAGUGUCAUACUCUCAAUCUGAAAGUACAGUUAGAUACAUCUAAAGUUUUAACUUAGAAAGUGCCAUAAAAAUAAGUGUGAAGUAAGUAGGAGUAUUAAGUAUUAUACUUGUACGUUAAAACCAAAACCCAAACUAAUUAUUUGAAGUGAUUAUGAGUGUAUAUCGACCAUGGUUUUAAAAAAAUCUACGGAAAACAAGUCUUCUAAAAUCUCGAAUAAGGUCAUCGCACUUUCUGAACCUGAAAAGGGAAAAUGUUCUUUAGAAAAUGCUUCAACAACUUGUAAAAGAGAAGUGGAUGAUGGUGCACCAGCCGAAAACGAAAAUGAGACUAUGGAAUCAAUGCAACCCAUAGAUGUGGGAGAAAUAAUUAAAAGUGUAUAUCUUACAGUGGAAAUAGAUGUGGUUUUCGUGGGUCUGCUGCUAAUGGCUCUUUGUACAAGGCUUUAUAAUUUAGAAGAGCCGAAAUAUAUUGUGUUUGAUGAACUUCACUAUGGGAGAUAUGUGUCAUUGUAUGCUAAAGGAGUAUUCUUUUUUGAUGCUCAUCCCCCCUUAGGAAAACAGAUGCUCUAUUUGGCUGGGCAAAUGGCUGGUUAUGAUGGUAACUUUACAUUUGAUAGGAUUGGCUCACCAUAUACUGAGUCAGUACCUGUGAAAGCAUUACGCAUUGUCCCUGCCAUUUGUGGCAGCCUACUUGUACCUUUAUCCUAUCAGUUGAUGCUGGAAAUAUCAACAUAUCAAAUAACUGCAUUUCUUGCAGCUGCUUUAGUUUUAUUUGAAAAUUGUUUUCUAGCUCAAUCAAGAUUUAUGUUACUAGAGAGUAUACAAAUAUUAUUCAGUUUAUUUGGUAUACUGUGUGUACUGAAGAGUACUCGUAAAAAAAAUAUUGCUUCAGUUAUAUGGCUGUGUUUUGGUGCUCUUUCUCUUGGAUGCUGUUUUUCGAUAAAAUACUCAGGUCUGUACACAUAUUAUUUAGCAAUAUUUUUAAUAGGGCGACAAAUGUGGAAACGCAUCGACCAAACAGAAUCGACCUUUAAACUAUGUUUGUCAGCUCUUUGGAGAUUCUUCAUUCUUAUUUUUAUACCAUUACUGGUGUACGUCGGUGUAUUCUAUGCCCAUCUUUCAAUGUUACCGAAAGCUGGACCUCAUGACAGUGUAAUGACAAGUGCUUUCCAAGCAUCACUAAAAGGAGGUCUCGCCAGCAUUACUAAAGGACAACCAUUACAUGUUUCUCAUGGCUCCCAAAUAACACUCAGGCACUCCCACGGCCGGACUUGUUGGUUGCACUCCCACGCGCAUGUGUAUCCGGUUCGGUACUCCGAUGCCCGAGGAUCGUCUCAUCAGCAACAAGUAACCUGCUACAGUUUUAAGGAUGUUAACAACUGGUGGAUCGUAAAAAGACCAGAUCAGCUUUCUCUUGCCGUAUCUAACCCCCCAGAUGCUAUACGACACGGCGAUGUAGUGCAACUUUUACAUGGCAUUACAAGCCGAGCUUUAAAUUCACACGAUGUUGCCGCACCGGUCUCGCCUCAAUCACAGGAAGUAUCUUGUUACAUCGACUAUAAUGUGUCGAUGCCGGCACAAAAUCUCUGGCACGUGGAGAUCAUUAACCGCGAAAGCGAGGAUUCAACAUGGGACAGUAUUCGAUCCAUGGUGCGUCUUAUACAUGUAGACUCAGGCUCAGCCCUCCGCUACAGCGGCCGUCAGCUUCCGUCCUGGGGUUUCCAUCAACACGAGGUUGUCGCUGACAAGGUCAUUACUCAUCAAGACACAAUAUGGAAUGUCGAAGAACAUCGUUAUACUAAAGCUGAAGACAGAAGGGAGCGCGAACGUGAGCUUGUAUCUGCAGAGAUGAUUCCAACAACAGUCACGCAGCUGUCGUUCUGGGAGAAGUUUUUAGAGUUGCAGUACAAGAUGAUAUCGCACUCGCCCGACGCGCCGCAGGGGCACAUGUUUGCGAGCGAACCCGCCGAGUGGCCGAUGCUCGUGCGCUCGAUAGCUUACUGGCUCUCACCAAACUCAAACGCUCAAGUUCAUCUUAUUGGCAACUUAGUGACGUGGUAUGCCGGAACCAUAUCAGUUCUAAUAUUUGGUGCCUUACUCGCUGUAUAUGCCAUCCGUCAACGGCGAGCGUACGUCGAUCUGCCUCCUUACGCCGCACAAAAGUUCUAUGACGCUGGCUGUAUACUCUUUCUCGGCUAUUGGCUACAUUACUUACCAUAUUUUUUCAUGGAUAGAACAUUGUUUCUUCACCAUUACUUGCCUGCUUAUAUCUUCAAGAUCCUCCUCUUGGCUUAUGUCAUUGAUCACAUAUUUUACAUUUUAUGUAUCAGUGAAAAGAUAAAGCCAUUCACACAUGUAUUCAUAUUAUGUAUCACAAUAUGGAUGGCUUAUGUAAUAAGAACAUAUAAAAUGUUUAGUGUUCUGAGCUAUGGCAAUAUGGAUUUAACUGAAUUUGAUCUUUUAAAUCUUCGAUGGAAAGAUACUUGGGACUUUAUUUUACAUAAGAAAAAUUAAGCUUUAAAUUCUUUAUCUCAGUGGUGAAUAUAAAUAAGAGUAUUUUUAUCUAAA